AUUACUAAAGUCAAUGGGUACACAUUUCUUCAGCCUCUUGGACUGUAGAUCAUUGGUAAUUUUAUCUAGCCUUUCCAAAUUGUAUCCGAUCAUUUUUAUCCCCAUAGGCCAUAGCUUAUUAAUGGAUAUCCUUCACUAUUAAACAAUGGCUUCUUCUGAAGAAAUUCCACCGGAGAUCAUAACAGAGAUCCUAUAUCGUCUCCCGGCCAAAUCUAUCGGUGCGUUUCAAACCACUGGCUAUCUCUUCUUUCACAACCCCACUUCCUAAAAACACAUGAAAAUACCCUCAACCAAUAUCACCUCAUCUUCUUCUCCAAUCAUCACCUCUAUUCACUUCCCUUUCAUUACAUUAAUUAUAACCACAUACAAAGUCCAGUAUUACAACCAAAAAUGGUCCCUUUCCAACCAGGACAUGUGGACUUCACUUUCCGUGCUUCUUGCAAUGGCCUUGUAUUGAUGUCUGCUCGUGACUUGGAUAGUGUUCAUAAGCUCCUAGUUAUAAACCCGACUACCACGGAAUAUGUAGAAUUGUCAGACUUCGGUUUGGAUAUGUUAAAAGGAUGUGAAAGCAUCCUUAGAACGGAUACUUGGACGCGGGUGAUUGAUUCUCCUUAUGAUCAUCAUCCUUAUGAUUAUUCUUCUUAUGAUGGAGAUAGGUUGCCCGGUGUGUUUACCAACGGUUUUCUUCAUUGGGUUGCCAAGAGGCAUAUCGAUGAUUUACGAGCAAUUGUUGCUUUUAGUUUAGCACAUGAGUGUUUUGGGGAAGUCCCAUUACCCGAAUCUUGUUAUGAUACCGAUAUUAUGUCCUUUAAUGAUUGGAAACUUUGUGUCCUUGGUGGAAAGCUUGCUAUAUUCUCUCAAAUGAAAGGCGAGGUUUGGAUCAUGAAUGAGUACGGUGUAAAAGAAUCUUGGAUUAAGAUUAGGAUCCAUGGACUCAAUGAAAUUCCAAUGAUUGGAACAAUGAUCUUUCAAGACAUGGACAAAAUUCUGCUGGCUAGCAACAACCGACUAUUGAUAUAUGGCACUGAAGAAAGACGUUUCUCUAGAGGUACUGGCAUUUCUCAUAAUCACAAGCUGGUGGUUAAAGGGGCGUAUGUCGAAAGCCUGUUCUCCCCGAUACCGAGCAGAACCAACUAAAAAGGCAAAUUCAAGCAUAGGUAAAUGCAUAGAAGUAAAGCUUUGUUUAUAUUACUCAACGUUUUCAUUUUGCAUGUACAUGCAGUUUGAUUUACUGUAACUUAUGACGAGAUGUUUGUCAAAACAAAAAAUUGCCAUCUGGUAAACAAA